AGAAAGUGUCAUGUCUUGUGGGGAAUGUGUCAGUGGAUUUGUUUUGCCUUGAUACAUAGAUGAAGAGGUGGAGAGCAGUCGCACCAGUCCGAGCGCUUUGGGUGUGAGGACGUGGCAGACACCUGAUCAAGACUCUCCCAUUACUAAACAGGUGCCAGAAAAACAAAGCUUUCCAGUUAACGAAGGGGACAGAUCUGUAGCCUGGCAAACUCUGAGAAGAGGCUGGAACACCAACAGGGGGUCAGCUUUCCCUGGAGGCAGUGAGUCCAACGAUCUCCCCACAGGGACCAGCUCAAACCCCAACAGGAAGUCCCUUCUGUUGAAAACAACCAGCAUAGAGCCCCUUAAGAAUAGUCUACGUCGAACAACUUCUGCUGAUCCCUGCAAACCACACACUCUGCUGCAAGGGACAAACAGCACAGAGACAUAUAAGUCAUAUACUCCUUUGCAUAGGACAACCAGUGUUCAGCCUAUAAAGGCAACAGCCCCACUGUGCAGAACAAACAGCAGCUCACAUCCCUCGCACAUACAGACAAGCUCUGCUGUGACUACAAUCAUCCCUCAGAACAAAGCCGGCUUCUCCUCCAUCACCAUCUCCUCCAGGAAAGUGACCAGAUCGGCCAGUUUACCUGGCGCCAACAACCGCAACCACUCUUCCCAGUCAAGUGAAUCCCCUUCGCCACCACUAUCCCACCAGACCAUGGACCCAAACUCCAGGCAGGUUACAGUGCAGAGGAAGGCCACUAUAGUCAAAGUGACCGAGCAAAGGGUGAUGUCCAGCCCCAGCACAAAAAGGGCGGGGAUCCCACCAGCUAGCAAUGCUUUGGACACAGUGGUCCACAGAAGAAAGGCUACCAUCAUCAAAGUGACAGAACACAGGGAGAGCUACAGUCCAGCCAAAGUAGGAUCUGGGAUGAGGCACCCAGAGUACAGACACAGCUACACAGAUGGAGUGUACAAAGAAAACAGCAUGUGGGGUCAUGGAAACCAUUCACAACACAAUGCAGCACCUUCGUAUCACCAUCUGGACUCAAACUCUGCUGUAGCACCAAAUACAUCCACUUCAGAUGCAGAAAAAAAUGGUGGAACACUACACAGGUCCACACUGAGUCUUUUUGUAAGCACCCCCCCUGCUAUUACAGCACCCGCUCCCUCAGAGGUUUCCCUGAGGGCUGUUGGACGGAGAUCGGACAGACCGGGCAGACCAGUGAGCUGCUAUGGCAAUGUGUUUGGACACACUGAACCAAGCAAGGAGAAUGUGACACAACCAGCUGCCAGGAAAUGGAGCUUUGCGCUUCCACAAGAGACCAGUAUCAACCCUGGGAACUCCGACAGUAGUUUCAUCAGCCCUCGAACAGCAGUGGAAGAAGCAGGUCAGCUAGUGGCAGACACCCUUAAGCCAAACGGAGGCGGGAAAGAAAUAGUGCCACCAGAGAAUGCAGAGAGGAGAGCGUCCCCCUGUCUAACUCUCAUCAAGGCCCCGGAACCCCACUCACAUCAGUCUCCAGAGGAAGUGCUGGCUCUCAAUGCAGCUGCGAUCAUAGCAAAUAUCAAACUCCAAAGACAACUUAGUAAGAAGAAAACACCAAAUGGCAAUUCUGAGAAGGACUCCUCUGAAUCACCUCAGGGAAACACUGGCAUGUGA